AUGGUUGCAUUUAGCAUAUGCAAGAAGCCUUUAAACUACAAAGUUACUCCAAGUGGACGAGCUGUGGACUAUACUACUCAGGACAUUGAAUCAGCACUAAAAGGGCAAUUUGAUGCUGUUUUGGACACAAUUGGUGUACUGGAGACAGAAAGGACAGGCAUCAAUCUUUUGAGGAGAGGUGGACACUAUAUGACGUUGCAAGGGGAGGCGGCAUCACUGACUGACAGAUAUGGGCUGGCUGUAGGGCUCCCUAUUGCUUCUGCUAUUUUGCUGAAGAAACAGAUUCAAUACCGAUAUUCUCACGGAAUAGAAUAUUGGUGGACUUAUAUGAGGGCUGAUGCUGAAGGUUUGGCUCAGAUUCGUCGGCUCUCUGAGGUCGGGAAGUUGAAAAUUCCUGUGGAGAAGACAUUUCCCAUUACACAUGUGAGGGAGGCUCAUGAAGCCAAAGAUAAAAGGCGCAUUCCUGGUAAAGUUGUUCUGGAACUUGAUUGAAUAUAGACAAAUCCAUGAGCCCAAACUGAUAUAGUUCACAGGUAGAAUCAUGAAACAAACUUUAACCCGCCUUUUUUUCAUUUUUGUUAUUUGGAUCGGAGACUGGAGGCUCCAUUUGCCAAUCCUCCCCGUACAAUAAGUAUGAUCAUCUUGUAUAGGAAACUGAGUGGGAUUUUUGUGAAAUGAGCUUUUAAAAUUUUAAUUGGCAAUCUGUAAAUUCUCAGUCU